AUGUCUUUCUUGGAACUUCCGUUAGAGCUUCGUCUCAUCAUUUACGAGCAUGCAGCGGUCGAGGGCGCAGCCGUGACGAUUGGAGCUUGCGAGCUCACAGGCAAAGAUGCUGACCUGGUCGACCGAGUCUAUGGCGAUCAACAAACUCCUCUGCCAGGCCUACCUCCUAUGCACGAGCCCGCCGUUCUUGAUAGAUACGCGUCUCAUCUUCUCUCAGUCUCAAAACCUGCUCGCAUCGACGUAUCAGCAUUACCAUGUUCCCAACCAUCAGCCCACCACUCAACCUUAUCUUCGCUCCUACUGCUCAAUCGCCAAAUCAAUGCUGAGCUGAGCACUCAUUUCCGACUAAAGAACAGCAGAAAGACAAGUCUUUUUGUACAGUUCCCUCUAGGCCUACACGUCUUCAAGACAAAAUGCCCCGAUUUCGUACGACACGCUCGUAGUAUCCACAUCGCUGGCAGCUAUCCCAAACCCUCAUCUGCAAAAUACUCUCCACAACUAGGUCAGCUGGCACACCUCGUAUCCACAACUCUAGGGAAGAGUCCACGUUACCCCAUUGAGAAGCUCGAAGCCCGCAUCUACUUCCCUGGCGCCGACUCAUACCCCCGUGUCUGGGAUGACACAAGUCCCGCUUCUGUCAUCUUGCGCAACGUUUGUGGCGGUUUCAUCGACAUGGAGGUUGCAAGAGGAAGACACGGUACUGGCAUCUACGUUUCCGUACGACCACACCCAGACAACAAGAGAGUCAUAUCCACUGUCUGGAGAAGACUAGUUGAGGGAGAUAGCGGUCAACCAAGUUGUGGUGACUGGGCUGUUGAUAAGCAGUGGCCCGAGUGGAACACUGAGUUUGCCCCCUCUUCACCAUUACCCUAA